UCUAGUGCUGCUUACUCUGCCGCUGACGUUUUGAUUGACGUCGCAGUGCGUCGCCCACAAUUAAUUUCCAGAUUUCAUGCGUUGUGUAGUUCAGGCUUGGUUCAGGCCAAAGGUUCAGGCCGCUGGGUUGUGUUAACAAAAUGUCGCUUACAAGCCUCUUACCUGCACCAACUCAAGCAGUUUGGGAUAGAGAAGAUGAAGCUCGAGAACAAAAACUUCGACAGAGACCAGUCUCUGCUUUGGUGAAGGCUGUAGUGACAGCUCCGCCAUAUGGGCAACGAAAAGGAUGGAUACCACGCACUCCAGAGGACUUUGGAGAUGGCGGAGCAUUUCCCGAAAUUCAAGUUGCCCAAUAUCCUCUUGGUAUGGGUAUGAAGGGAAAAGAAGCUACUAGCAAUGCUCUAGCAGUUCAACUUGAUGCCCAAGGAAAAGUGAAGUACGAUGUCAUCGCCAGACAAGGCCACUCUAAAGACAAGAUUGUUUAUACAAAAUUGAGCGAUCUACUCCCAUCUGAAAUUACAACCGAAGACGAUCCCUCCUUGCAACGCCCCUCUGGUGAAGAUAUAGAUGAUAUUACCGAGAAGACUCGUCGAGCGCUGGAAAAAAUUACUGAAUCCAAAAUAGCAGCAGCUAUGCCAGUGAGAUGUGCUGAAAAACAAGGUCCUGCGCAGUAUAUCCGUUAUACACCGUCACAACAAGGACAAUCCUUCAAUUCUGGCGCUAAACAAAGAGUAAUCAGAAUGGUUGAAGCUCAAGUGGAUCCUAUCGAGCCCCCUAAAUUCAAGAUAAACAAAAAGAUUCCUCGAGGCCCUCCUUCGCCUCCAGCUCCAGUUAUGCACUCACCAACACGAAAAGUCACAGUCAAAGAGCAAAAAGAAUGGAAAAUUCCUCCGUGUAUCAGUAACUGGAAAAACGCAAAGGGAUACACCAUUCCUCUAGACAAACGACUGGCUGCAGAUGGACGUGGCUUGCAACAAGUUCAUAUUAACGAAAACUUUGCGAAGCUUGCCGAAGCUCUUUACAUUGCUGAUAGGAAGGCCCGCGAAGCAGUGGAAAUGCGCGCUCAGUUAGAAAAGAAAUUGGCGCAAAAAGAAAAAGAAAAAAAAGAGGAUCAUUUACGACAGCUUGCCCAAAAAGCCAGAGAGGAACGUGCAGGGCUUAAAUCUGCAGCAGCCCUUGAUAAAGCUGGAGAAUCACGAGAGCGCGAUCAAUUGCGUCAGGAACGUCACAAAGAUCGAGCGCGAGAUCGUAACUUGGCUCGUGCUGCCCCUGAUAAACGUUCCAGACUUCAACGCGAACGAGAACGAGAUAUAAGCGAACAAAUUGCACUUGGAUUGCCUGCAAAAUAUGUUCCGAGUUCUGGUGAAGCUCAGUUUGAUCAGAGAUUAUUUAACACAACCAAGGGAAUGGACAGCGGUUACGGUCACGAAGACGAGUACAACGUUUAUGAUAAGCCCUGGAGGGACUCGAGCUCAAUCGGUUCACAUAUUUAUAGACCUAGCAAAAAUAUCGACAAGGAUAAUUAUGGCGAUGACUUGGAAAAACUCGUCAAAACAAAUCGGUUUGUUCCUGACAAAGAAUUUAGUGGAACUGAUAGAUCAGCUACAAGAUCUGGUCCAGUGCAAUUUGAAAAAGACGAAGAAGAUCCUUUCGGUUUAGAUCAGUUCUUGACUCAAGCCAAACGCGCGAGUAGCAGUACAACUGCUACUACGAAACGAAAGGACGAUCGAGAUCAGCGGAGAGACGACCGUGAUAAACGCCGAAAACAUUAACGAGAUCGUCAGCAAUUUGAUAUAAAUAUCUUAUGAUUAUUUUGUACCUGUACAAAACAAAUUUUGCGAUCUCUGAAAGCGAUAAUUAAAUAAUCUCAGAAAUGAUUCAGUAAAUAAAUUGCAUUAUAUCCACCA